GGCGUUGAGUCAUCGGACGGCGCUCCGGUGAGGUGGGGAAGCGACGUGGAGAGCUGACCCCGUUAUGGCCCUGCGGGCGCUGUCCCGGGCUUUGGGCUCCCUCAGCCUGACCGCCGGUCCGCACCCUGCGGCCCAGGUAAUGAGCAAUGUCUUCUUCCAGCCUUCCUCAGCAGGAAUGGUUAUUGCCUGUCGAUCUUUCCUGACCUCUGGAGUCCUUAGUGCAAACACUGUUUCCUGGAAGAGUCGUACCAAAUAUACCAUUACACCAGUGAAGAAGAAGAAGUCAGGGGGUCGGGACCACACAGGUCGCAUCCGAGUGCAUGGGAUUGGUGGAGGCCACAAACAGUGUUACCGGAUGAUUGACUUUCUUCGGUUUCGGCCGGAGCAAGAGGACAAGCCAGGGCCUUUUGAGGAAAGGGUCAUUGAUAUCUGCUAUGAUCCCUGUAGGUCGGCAGACAUUGCCCUUGUGGCCGGGGGCAAUAGGAAACGCUGGAUCAUUGCCACUGAAAACAUGCAAGUAGGAGAUGUCCUCCUUAAUUCUGACCACAUUGGCCGCAUGGCAGUUUCUGCCCGGGAGGGAGAUGCACAUCCUCUGGGAGCCCUGCCCAUUGGGACACUGAUCAACAACCUGGAGAGUGAGCCAGGUCGGGGUGCCCAGUAUAUCCGAGCUGCAGGUACCUGUGGUGUGCUUUUGCGGAAGGUCAAUGGGACAGCCAUUGUCCAGUUGCCCUCCAAGAGGCAAAUGCAGGUGCUAGAGACAUGUAUGGCCACAGUAGGCCGGGUGUCGAAGGUAGAUCACAAUAAACGGGUCAUCGGAAAGGCUGGACGGAACCGCUGGCUGGGCAAGAGACCCAAUAGUGGGCUCUGGCAACGCAAGGGAGGUUGGGCUGGCCGAAAGAUCAAGCCCCUACCCCCUAUGAAGAGUUAUGUGAAAUUACCUUCUGCUGCUGCCCAGAGCUGACCCUGAUAUUUCUACUCCCCUGCCUCCCAAUAAAUGAACCCCUUUGGACUGGU